ACACACAAAACAAGGCCAACAAGUGGAAGACACUUAGAGGUUUCAAAGCAGCUUCUUCAGUGAGUAAGUGACUGAGUGCUCUUCUGUGGCCUUCUAUAACCAAUGGCAUCAUUCUCUGCUGUCAAAUUCCUGCUCUACUUCUUUAUAAUAUGGCUCAUCAACUUCCUACCUCUAUGCCAAGGUAAAGAGAACAAUGAAUAUAAGUACCCAUUUAUUAAAAAAGCAAGUUCAUUCUCAUCUCCACCAUCAAUUUCAACCACCAACACAAAUGAUGGUUAUGACUACAUAAUAGUAGGUGGUGGUACAGCAGGGUGCCCUUUAGCUGCAACCCUUUCAAAAAACUUCAAUGUUUUGUUACUUGAAAGAGGAGGAGUACCUUUCACAAACCCUAAUGUGUCAUUUCUUGACAACUUUCACAUUGCUUUGGCUGAUACUUCACCAACUUCAGCUUCACAAUUCUUCAUGUCAACUGAUGGAGUUUACAAUGCUAGAGCAAGGGUUUUGGGUGGUGGUAGCUCUAUUAAUGCUGGUUUCUACACUAGAGCUAGCUCAAGAUUUAUACAGAAGAUGGGUUGGGAUGCAAAGCUAGUAAAUAAGUCAUAUCCUUGGGUUGAAAAGCAGAUUGUUCAUCGUCCAACAUUUUCGCAUUGGCAAAGAGCAUUGAGGGAUGGUCUUCUAGAUGCUGGUGUGUCUCCUUUUAAUGGAUUCACAUAUGAACAUAAGUAUGGAACCAAACUUGGUGGAACCAUUUUUGACAGAUUUGGUCGCCGCCACACUGCUGCUGAAUUGCUUGCUUCUGGAAAUCCUAACAAACUUACUGUUUUGAUCUAUGCCACUGUCCAAAAGAUUGUUUUUGAUACAACAGGAAAAAGACCAAAAGCAAUGGGGGUAAUUUUCAAGGAUGAAAAUGGGAAACAACACAAGGCAAUUCUAGGAAAUGAUAAGCAAAGUGAAGUAAUUGUAUCAAGUGGAGCAAUUGGGACUCCUCAAAUGCUAUUGCUUAGUGGAAUUGGCUCAAAAGCAGAACUUGAGAAGUUGAAAAUUCCUGUGGUACUUGACAACAGAUUUGUUGGAAAAGGCAUGGCUGAUAACCCAAUGAACACAAUUUUUGUUCCUCUUAAGAAACCAGUCAAGCAGUCAUUGAUAGAAACAGUUGGUAUUACCAAUAGGGGUGUGUAUAUUGAAGCUAGCAGUGGGUUUGGACAGUCCAGUGAUAGCAUUCACUGCCACCAUGGUAUGUUAUCAGCUGAGAUUGGACAGCUCUCCACAAUUCCUCCAAAGCAAAGAUCAGAAGAAGCUAUUAAAGCUUUUAUGAAGAACAAAAAAGACAUUCCAAUUGAAGCAUUUAAGGGAGGCUUCAUCUUAACAAAAGUUGCAAAUCCAUGGUCAACAGGUGAUCUCAGAUUGAUCAACACCAAUGUAGAAGACAACCCUGCUGUUACAUUCAACUACUUCAGUCACCCUGCCGAUCUUCAACGCUGCGUCGAGGGAAUCCAGUUAGUAACAAAGGUUGUUCAGUCACAGCACUUCACAAACCUUACUAUGUGUGUCAGAGAAACUACAGAACAACUUCUCAACAGCACUGUGAAGGCUAAUGUUAACCUCAUACCGAAGCAUGUCAAUGACACGAAAUCACUAGAACAAUUUUGUAAAGAUACUGUGAUUACUAUUUGGCACUAUCAUGGUGGAUGUCAUGUAGGGAAGGUCGUCGACUCGGAUCAUAAGGUUCUUGGCGUUAACAGACUUCGUGUCAUAGAUGGAUCGACAUUUACCGAGUCACCAGGAACUAAUCCUCAAGCUACUGUCAUGAUGAUGGGCAGGUACAUGGGACUGAAGAUUUUAAGAGAUAGGUUGGGGAAAUUUGCUGGUGUUUGACAAGUAUGCAAUGUGAUAUUUGAGAAUAAUCUCAAGAAAAAUGAAAAGAAAAAAAAAAAAAAAGUAGAAGACUAGAGCAUUAGUAGUUUGACUUGAAUUAGUGUAUCUUGUUUUUUUUGUUGAUGGUAAGUGGAAAGUGAUUAUUGAAUAAUCAAGAAAGUUUUGGUGUUUAGAAGUAGUAAAUGUAACUCUUCAUGGACGUGCAUGUUUAAACUUUGAUCCAUCUAUUUGUAUUGUAAUAGCGUGUAUUGUAGGCUACAA